GCGCGUGCGCACGCCCGCGCGCCCCGAGCCGCGGAGUCUCCAGCGCCCCUGAGCAGAUCCCACUCUCCCCGGCGCUGCUACUCACACAGGCUUCCAGCCGCCACGGGGCGUCCUCUGUCUGCGGCAGCGGCGGCGGCAGCGGCGGCGGCGGAGGCGCGAGCCGCGGCUGCAGUCUGGCCCCGUCUGGCUGCUGUGCGCCCCGGACGGAGUCCGGCAGAAGCGCGAUCGGGAGGAGACGCCGAGGCGAGGAGGAGCCGCGCCGCGCCCCGCGCUCGCUUGCCUUGAAUCCCCCGCACCGUAGCCCCAGGUCCUUGGCAGCCAGCACGGUCGUGUAUUGCUAAUACACAGAGGAGAGAAAGCUCAUCGUGCUAAGGACCUGACAACUUGCAAAAUCAGAAGCCAAAGCAAAGAGUCCCCAAAGGGGACCGCAAGGGGGCCCAGCACCGGAAGUGAGCUGGUUCCCAAGAAGUGAAACAUUUGGAAUGUCAGAGCUAUACUGUCUUCUGUGGGACUUCCUUUGAGCAGCUUCCAUAAAACACUUUUAUGAAUACAUUGUUUCAAUCAAGACCUGGAAGGACAGAUAUCCAUCUUCUUCUCUGCAGGUCAUCUUAAGAGUCCAAUGCUGUCCGAGGGGACCCUCCACUCAGCUGUCAAAGCACCCGGGCGCCCCAUGGUGCUUGUAACUCAAUGGUAGAUGCAGCUGCUGCAUUCGAGAGCAUCACCCAGUGUCCUCAGGAGCUCCCUCAGAUGAUGGCAGCAGCAGCUGAUGGUUUGGGGAGUAUAGCCCUAGACACCACCCAGCUCGACAUGUCCGUCACCGACCCUGCAGCCUGGGCCACAGCUAUGAACAACUUGGGCAUGGUUCCCGUGGGCUUGCCUGGCCAGCAGCUCGUGUCUGACUCAAUCUGUGUGCCAGGCUUCGAGCCAAGCCUCAACAUGAUGACUGGAAUCACCCCCAUUAACCCGAUGAUACCAGGCCUGGGACUGGUACCACCCCCACCCCCAACAGAAGUGGCCGUUGUCAAAGAAAUAAUCCACUGCAAAAGCUGUACCCUUUUCCCCCAAAAUCCAAAUCUUCCGCCUCCUUCCACAAGAGAACGACCUCCAGGGUGUAAGACUGUGUUUGUUGGAGGAUUACCAGAAAACGCCACGGAAGAAAUUAUUCAAGAAGUCUUUGAGCAGUGUGGAGAUAUCACAGCCAUCCGCAAGAGCAAGAAGAACUUCUGUCACAUCCGCUUUGCAGAGGAAUUCAUGGUUGAUAAAGCCAUUUACCUUUCUGGUUACCGUAUGCGGUUAGGGUCUAGCACGGAUAAGAAGGACUCCGGCCGUCUUCACGUCGACUUUGCCCAGGCCAGGGAUGACUUUUACGAGUGGGAAUGCAAGCAGAGGAUGCGUGCCCGGGAAGAGCGGCAUCGACGUAAACUGGAGGAGGACCGGCUACGGCCACCCUCACCACCUGCCAUCAUGCACUACUCAGAGCACGAAGCCGCCCUGCUGGCCGAAAAACUGAAAGACGACAGCAAGUUCUCGGAGGCCAUUACGGUGCUGCUGUCCUGGAUAGAACGCGGGGAGGUGAACCGGCGCUCUGCAAACCAGUUCUACUCCAUGGUGCAGUCGGCCAACAGCCACGUGCGCAGGCUCAUGAAUGAGAAAGCCACCCACGAACAGGAAAUGGAGGAGGCCAAGGAGAAUUUUAAAAAUGCCUUAACCGGGAUCCUCACUCAAUUUGAGCAGAUUGUGGCCGUUUUCAACGCUUCUACCAGACAAAAAGCCUGGGACCAUUUCUCGAAAGCUCAGCGCAAGAACAUAGACAUUUGGCGAAAGCAUUCUGAGGAACUCCGGAACGCUCAAAGUGAGCAGCUCAUGGGCAUCCGCCGUGAGGAGGAAAUGGAAAUGUCUGAUGAUGAGGACUGUGACAGCCCAACUAAAAAAAUGCGAGUCGAUGAAUCAGCCCUGGCUGCUCAGGCCUAUGCCCUCAAAGAGGAGAAUGACAGUCUCCGGUGGCAGCUGGAUGCCUACAGAAACGAGGUGGAACUGCUAAAGCAGGAGAAAGAACAGCUCUUCCGGACGGAGGAGCACCUCACCAAGGACCAGCAGCUGCAGUUCCUGCAGCAGACUAUGCAAGGCAUGCAGCAGCAACUGCUGGCCAUCCAGGAGGAGCUGAACAACAAGAAGUCAGAAUUGGAGCAGGCGAAGGAGGAGCAGUCUCACACACAGGCAUUGCUGAAAGUCCUCCAGGAGCAAUUAAAAGGCACCAAGGACUUGGUGGAGACAAAUGGUCACAGCCACGAGGAUGCAAAUGAAAUCAAUGUGUUGACAGUUGCAUUGGUUAACCAAGACCGGGAGAACAAUACUGAAAAAAGAAGCCCAGGCUUAAAAUCUGAGAAGGAGGCCCUGCUGAUAGGCAUCAUAUCAACGUUUCUCCAUGUCCACCCUUUCGGAGCCAAUAUAGAGUAUCUGUGGUCAUACAUGCAGCAGCUGGACUCUAAGAUAUCUGCCAAUGAAAUCGAAAUGCUUCUGAUGAGGCUGCCACGCAUGUUCAAACAGGAAUUCACUGGCGUGGGAGCAACACUGGAAAAGAGAUGGAAGUUGUGUGCCUUUGAAGGAAUUAAAACGACCUAACUGCCGGCCAGGGAAGCUGGAAAUGAAGGGUCCGAAGCCAGCCAGGGCUGGACAAGAGAGGAGCAGGAGGACUGGGGUCGGCCAGCGUGGGGCCUGUGUGGAGCCACCAAAGCCUUGUUCAGUGACAUCUGUGGCGUUUUCUUGUGAGUGGAAAUGUAAUUGUGUACCAGUUCCUUAAACUAGACAAAGCCUCAUACUUUGCUAUGACAGACCUGUCCCUAUGAAUACCAAGCAAUGAUUCCACAGUCAAUGACCACAAAAAUCUCGAAAUAGGUGUUGUUGCAAAGUAGAACACCGAGCAAACGCUUAAAGUUAAUGGUGGUGUAGCAAUGGUGGUUGCUAGGCUACAGAGUUGUAUAUGUAAUGUAUAGUUGAAAACAUUAAAUGACAUUUUCCUGAAGGUCUUUCUGUUAAUAAAACAAAAACAAAA